CCGAGAAAGUUCCUCCAGAUACUGUCACAUUACAAAUACAAAAACCUGUUGCGAUUUAAACUUAAAGUCUUGAGGAAAAGUUGUUUCGUAAAUAUGUCUAGGAGAGGUUGUCGUCUGUCAUCUGUCGAGGUUUUGUUUUUGACGCUGUUGAUUGUUCUGUUUGUGGUGUGCGUGAGUCUUAUCGUCGUCUCUUGGCUUGCGCUGGACAAAAAUGCUUUAGGAAAGGAUGAAUCAGGUUCAGGGUUUACUGGAAGACUUGUUAUCACAAAUGGAGCCGUCUUCACCGCUGAACUCCUCAACAGAACCAGUGUGCAGUUUAAAUCUUUGGCUUAUGAUACUGAGCAGAAGAUAAAUGACGCCUACAGUCGUAGUUCCCUUAUAGAGCAGUUUCAAAGCUGCAAGAUCAAUGAAUUCAGCGAGGGAAGUGUUGUUGUGCACUUUGACGUCCUCUUCCGUGCUGUUCUGGAUUCUAACACGGCACAAGAAGCGUUGAUAGAUGGUUUAAAACAGGGUGACUCUGGAUCUAAUGAAGGACUUGUGAUUGACAGCAGCAGUGUACAGAUCUCAGAUAAAGAAAGUACAACAAAGAUGCCAUCUUCAAUUAAACCGGUGAAGUGUCAAGAUCAACAGAAAGAAUGUGUGGAUGGUACAUGUAUAUCCACAAGUCAGUUCUGUGAUGGAAUAAACGACUGUCCUGACAAUUCAGAUGAGCAUCAUCGUCUCUGUGCAACUGCGUGUGAUGGACAGUUUCUUCUGCUCGGUCCGACUGGAUCCUUCCACUCGAAAAACUUUCCGCAGGAAUACGACAUCGACAUGACGUGUCGUUGGGUCAUACGUGUAAACGACGGCCUAGCCAUCAAAAUAACCUUCCUUGCUUUUCAUACGGAGGAAGACAUUGAUGUUCUUGACCUGUAUGAGGGACUGGGACUGACGAAAAAUUUAACAUAUUCUCUCUCCGGAACGGUGCCAGGAAACAUCUGGCUUUUAUCUCAUGAAGCCACGGUUGAAUUUCACACAGACUUCAUUAACAACUUUCAGGGCUUCAACGCUAGUUACACAGAAGAGAACAUCAGUCAUAUUUCGAAUGAAGACAAGAUAAACUGUUCAUUUGAAGAAGAUUUUUGUUUCUGGAGGCAGGAACUCAAACAUGAUCAAGGAGACUGGUUGAGAGGCCGUGGCUCUAUUCCUCCACUUGGCACCGGCCCGAGUUUUGAUCACACGCUGGCCAACCGAUCAGGGUACUACAUAGUGACCCCUAGAAGUGCAGGAAGUUUGGAAAAGAAAUUUCGUCUCUGUAGUCUUCCACUGUCUCCUGUGAACAAAUCUAUGUGUCUGAGAUUCUGGUAUCAUAUGUUUGGAGAUGAAGUUUGGCGUCUGAUAGUCACGACGGAGGAAGGAUCGACUGUUACUGUCCUCUUUGAGAAGGAAGGGAACUACGGUGACAACUGGAACUACGGCCAAGCCACACUGAACAGCACAUUAAAUGUUGUGGUUGUGUUUGAAGCACAGAAAAGGCCGGGCGUCCUGAAUGAUAUCGCUCUCGAUGACAUCAGCAUUGAGCUUGGUCCCUGUGGGGAGGGUCCUCCAGAGCCCACCCCAGUCCCCCCGCCCAUCACUCCUCCUCCCAUGCCAGUUGACUGUGGGGGUCCGUUUGACCUCUAUGAGACAAACUCAACAUUCAGUUCUCCAAAUUAUCCACAAGGCUAUGGAUCGAAAGCUUCGUGUAUGUGGACUUUGCAUGCUAAGGAAGGACAGAACAUCCAGCUGCAUUUUCAAGACGUUGCUUUGGAGGCGUCUUAUGACAUUUUAGAAGUUCGGGAUGGCGUAGAGCCCAAUUCUGAAUUAUUAGCUGUCUUUACCGGGGAUCGAUCCUUCCCGGAUCUUUUCUCAAAAGCCUCCCAGAUGACCGUCCUGUUUUUCACUGACUCCUCAGGGAGUGAGAGAGGAUUUCUAGCCAACUUCAGCACCGGCUUUCAUCUCGGUCGACCGGAGCCGUGUCCGACUGGCCAGUUUAAGUGUGGCUCUGGCGAGUGUGUGUCUGCUGCCGGCGUGUGUGAUGGUGUAAAACAUUGUCCUGACGGCUCUGAUGAAGCAGACUGUGUGCAUCUAAUAACAGAUAAUGUCACCGAUGAUAGUCGACUAAGAGUUCAAUUCCAAGAUCAUUUUCACACGGUCUGCUCUCAGAACUGGACUAGAGGACUAUCAAUGUUCUUUUGUCGCUACUUGGGCUACAGGGGGGGAUAUCAUACAUUAUUAAAGAUUAAGGAUGGAGAUGCUCCCUUUACUACGGUUGGUCUGAAUGCUAAUGGCACAUUGGAACUGAAACCAAGUGAGAAAUGUGUCAGUGAGAAAAUUGUUUCGCUAUACUGUGACAAUUUCCCAUGUGGUCUCCGUAAGGUGCCCUUAAAAAGCGACACUGACAAGACUCCAGGAAGGGUGGUGGGAGGUCAGGACGCUCAGAAAGGGGCGUGGCCAUGGAUAGUGUCUCUGCAUUGGCAGGGGGGUCACGUUUGUGGAGCCUCGUUGAUUGACAGCGAAUGGUUGGUUACAGCCGCACAUUGUGUUUAUGGGAAGAACGUUCAUCUGUCAAACUGGGUAGCUGUUUUGGGUCUUCACGCUCAGUUUGGUACGGAUGAGUCCCACAGACAAUACCGUACGAUCGAUAAGAUUUUUAUGAACCAACAUUAUAACAGGAGGACAAAGGAUUCUGACAUCGCCCUCAUGCAUUUACAGACGCCUGCCAACUUCUCAGAUUAUGUUCAACCCAUCUGCGUACCGGAACGCAGGACACUAUUUAAAGAAGGCACAAAGUGUUUCAUAGCUGGUUGGGGAAGACUUUCUGAAGGCAAUUCAGUAGCUAAUGUGCUACAGGAGGCUGUUGUACCGCUCAUAAACAACACACAGUGUCAGCGGUGGCUGCCGGAGUACAACAUCACAGAUCAGAUGGUGUGUGCUGGGUAUCCUGAAGGUGGUGUGGACACCUGUCAGGGGGAUUCUGGAGGUCCACUAAUGUGUGUGGAGGACAACCUUUGGGCCACUCUUGUGGGGGUGGCAUCUUUUGGAAGAGGCUGCGGACAACCACAGAGUCCUGGUGCAUAUGCGUACGUCAAUCCUUAUGUUGAGUGGAUUGCAGAGACACGACGUCUCUACUCAGAAUGGAAUGGUCAAUAAAUAUAAAGGAAAGUUGCACAAUAAAUUAAUUGUUUCCUAUGUGCUUCUGGACAUGUGAGGCCUCAAGAGUCUUGUUCUCCCAACUACCUGACUUGGUGUUUUCUGUGAUGUGUGAACUUUGAAGAGUUUCUUAUGAAAACGCAAAUGUUAAUGUGUAUUUUUAUGUAACCGAUAGUCAUCAAAUUAAAAAACAGAUGUGUUAAUUUUAGAUGUAAUAUCUUGAAAUGUAAU